AUGGACCUCGUUGACUUCGAGGCUCUGGAGAAGCAGAUUAGGGGGUAUGAUGAGCAGCGGGAGCGCGUGAUCAAGCGCAGCCGCGACAUCCAAAAGGCGGCCAAACAGGCGAUCUUCAGCCUGCAUCGUGGCGAGAAUGAUCAGGCGGCGGCGCGGUUGCAGCAGGCAGAGAAGGCGGCCGAGGAGCUGCUCCCCGUGAUAAAGGAGAGCCCGGGACUGCGCUACGGGUCGUUUUCCAACGCGAUGGAGGAGUACGCAGAGGCAGUGGUGUUCAAGGGUUACCUGGAGGAAGGUCGGCUUCCCCCCAGCUCCUCCGUGCAGUACGUGGAAACAGAGGAGUACCUGGGUGGCGUGCUCGACUUCACAGGCGAGCUAAACCGCUACGCCAUCCUGAGGGCGACGAAGCGAGAUGUGGUGGCAGUGCAGCAGGCCAAGGACCUGGUGGAGUCCAUCUUCUUCGCCUUCAUCCAGUUCGACCUGCGCAAUGGGUCUCUGCGGAAGAAAUACGAUGCCCUCAAGUAUUGCCUGCGCAAGCUGGAGAACACCCUGUACGAGCUGUCCCUGACGGCGGCAGGACUGACCAGCAAGCCCGAGGACAUCCCCGAGCCCCAGGCCGAUGGUGCGAUGCAGGACGAGUGA